GUGAGUAAAAAACGUUUAUUUCAUUUUUCAUUACAUGCUGCCAGCGAGUUAUCAAAAUCGCAGCAUAUAUGCAUCUGAGAAUAAACUGAAUACAGAAAAUUGUCUAAACAGUAUGAGAAAUAAGCGCGAAUCUGUUACACGUUUGCAACGGUACUUCUCAUUAAGCAAAUUAUAAGAAAAUCAAAAAAAAAACAGAAAAUAAUUUCGAAACGAAAUACAAUUAAUUCGUGGUUUAUAACGCAACAAUGAACAAUUGAAUCAAUGCUAGUUAAAGAAGACGUGAAAUUAUUGUCAAUUAAACUUAAAUCGGACAAAGAUUUGGAUGAUGAAGUAAACUAUGCUCAGCAAAGUUGUAAAGGCACACCUUUCGCUAUGUCUGCAACAAGUGCAAACGAAAAAUGGGAAAAACCUAAAGAUGAUGAUUUAACAGAUGCCGAGGAUCAUUCGGAAUCUUUUGUUCGUUUAUUGAAAAUUCCAAAAACCCCCAACGGUUCUUGCGGCUUUCAUUUAACACGUACCAAAUGGGAUCCUUAUCCAUGGGUUAGUGGUGUUGACGAUUUUGCGCCAGCUAAACAAUGUGGUCUGAAGGCAGGCGAUUGUGUUUUAGAGGUUAAUGGGUUCGAUGUAUUGGGUUUACGUAUCGCGAAAAUUGCAAAAUUGGCAAAAACCACAGACGAACAUUAUAUAACGUUAUUGCUAUGGAGUAAUAAUUGCAAUAAAUGCACGGAUGAUGACGCCGAAAGCUUAUGCGCUGCUCCCAUGCCACGCAGCAUGCAAAGAUUGGCUUUAAUUGUACAAGAGAUUCUCAAUAUAAUUGAAUGUCCCGUAUGCCGUGAUACUAUAACUCCGCCAGCUAUGCAAUGUCAAAAUGGUCAUUUGGUGUGUCUCGCUUGUCGUAUACGCGCCAAAAAUUGUCCCAUUUGUCGUGGCUUUUACACGCCGAGACCAGCAUUAAUAGCUGAGCAAAUAUUUACAACCAUUAGUAGCGCCUUUAAUUUUUUACGUAGCGAAAAUAAAAUGCGUGAAAAACUGUUUGGUCGUCACAUACAUCAACGACAAACCAUUCAAGGGACUCUAUCAUUACAUCGUACGAAACAUAAAUCCGUUAAAUGUGACAAUACAUUAACUGAGGAGAGUAACACUUUAAGAUGCCAUCCGACAAUCAAAGAUAAAUUUCUAAUAGAGUCGAUGCAAAAUAGUGAAGAAUAUUCCAUAGAUAGCUUUUCAAUGGGUGACAAUGCGAACACGACAUUAUCAUCAAUGGAAACUAUGCCAAUAGCAACAACAACAACACCAACAACAACAAGUGCAAUGUCUAGAAGACAAAGCAACGGCACCAGUAAACAAUCAAAGGACCUGAUAUCGUUAGUACCAUUAAACACAAAUCAAUUGCAUAGUUUUACAACAACAACAACAACAACAACAACAACAACAACGAUAACAACAACAAGAACAACAACAAAUCACAAGUUAAAUUACGACCGACAACAAUCCAAUAAUGUUGAGCAAUGCGAUAAAUCUAAAGCAAACAAUAAAUUUAAUAUAAACCAUGAUUUAAGCACUCCGUAUGCCUUUUGGCAAGCGGAUUCUAUUUGUAAUUCAUCACCGUUGUUAUACGUUGGCUGCCGUAGACCACGUUACCAUAUAUAUGAAGACAAUAAAACAUAUUGGAACGAAACUAUACCGAAUGAUAUAAAAGCCGCACAUUCCACAAAAAAUAGCAGCGACAAUGAAAAUAAUGAAUUUACACUUGGCGAUGACAGCUCCGGCAAUGCAUCAAGCCUUCCUUACUGUUCUGAUGAUUGUAAUAAACGUCCAAAGUCAUACAAGUUUUUAAAGCAAAAUUUAUGUUCAUCUUCUGCUCCUAUCUUAUUCCCGUCGCCAUUGCCAUUUCUGUCAUCAACAUCAUCUUCAUCAUCAUUAUUUUCGUCACUUGCAUCAUCGUUUUCAUCUUUGCCGUUGCCUUUGGAUAAUAAGUGUCCACCUGUUGCUGUUGCUUCAUUAUGCUACUGCUCGUCGUCAUCGUCAUCGUCAUCGUCAUCGCCAUCGCCAUCGUCAUCUUCUCCUUCUGGGUGCUUAAUAUCGCUGCCAGUUAUAUCACCCAAUAAUUAUCAAAAUUAUAGUCACCAUCAACAUUAUCCUCGUUGUCCUUGUGACUGUUGUAGCGAAAGUUUUAAAGCAGUGUCCAAAGGAACUUUUUGAAGAGAAUUUAGUCGUUUACGCCAGUCUAUUCGAGAGGAGUGAAGAUUUCUUUUCCUGCGGGGGACUGCCCUCCAAAGAGCCUUUAUACCAUCAGCUGAAGAGACUUGAUCGUGCGUUUCAAAGCGAAUUGGAGAAAUGUCGAAAAAGCUUUUAGCAGAGCAUUUGGCAUCAAUAUCAAUCUCACAGAAAAAGUUAAAGGAGAUGGUUUCGCCUAAAGAAUAAUAAUCAAUAACUCACGGAUUAAGCUUAAGAGGGAUUCCAAUGGAUUUAUAUUAUUUUUUUACAAAUUCGUAUCCCUUCAGGAGAAGUGAAGACCUGGCUUUCACUUGUAUUUCUUGUCAAAGUCCCUUUCCUUUCGCCGCUAAAGAUUUGAUUAUAAUUUUGGGAUUCAGGGUAAAUUAAAGGAAUAUCUACGAUUUAUAUUCGGCGGGAGCCAAAUCCCGCACACCCAUUACUAUGUCUUUCGC